AAUGCACUUCCUCCCGCCAGUUUCUCACGAUGGACGGACUCGAUGAAGUUGCGAUUUGUACUCUAAAAGCUGCUAACAUUGGGGAAGACAUUUUACCAACUCUCACACGGGAUGAUAUCCGAGAUCUCUUUCCUGGUCCUGAGCACUUCCUGCGACGCAAAGCCAUUUGGCUUAUUGUUCAUAAGGAAGAACAGGAGCACACCAUUCCUGUUGAACACCAAGGUUCAUCAGCUGAUGAUGAACAUAAUGGAAGUCCAAAAAGAGAUGACCCCAGCACUUCAAAGUUUUUGAAGUUACCCAGCCCAGAAUACGUUCUCUUCACUGAUAGUGAACUACAACAUGUGAGACGUGCAUACUUCGAGCAGCAAUGUCUUGGAAAAGAGGGUGAAGUCACCUUAUCAAAGGAGCUCUUCUGCCGGCUCAUCCGAAAUACCAUGACAAAUAUGAUAUCUAUUGCAAGAGCCUCUUCAGAUGACUACAAAUAUCCCACUAAACAUGAAGUUAUUGCCAUGGCAAAGCGGUUAGUGGAAUACUACCCUAUGAUAAAAGAUAAGUCAACUGGAUCAAGUCAUGAGUGGGACACUGUUGCCAAAAAGCUCUUGAAGCGACUUUCAAAUAUCCGAAGUCCUGUGAAGGCCAAACACCCUCCAUCCAAGAGAGCACGUCUGAAUGAAGUACCAUCUGCUGCAGUGGCAAGUGACUAUGAUGCUGAUUCCAGUGCAUCAACAGUUCAUCUGUCACCACCUUCAAGAUCAAGCACCCCACAGCAAGAAAAUGACAGCAUUGAUGAAGCAUCCGACGGUCCAGACAACAGCCUUGACAGCCAGAAAACACAGGCACGACAUUACAGGACUCUACAAGAAAUGUACAAAGCAAAGAAGCCAAACAAAGCUGCUGUAACUCAUCUAUUAGACCUGGAGUUCCAGUCCAGAAGAAAUUUCAUUGACUCAAAUGCUUUGAAGGAGCAAGACCGACCCACAAAAAUUUUACAGGCAUACCCGUGCUUCAAAGAACUGGACCAUGUAAUGGAUGAACUGCGGAGAAUCAUUGAGCCAAACAAUAGCCAAUACACUUCUGAGGUGAAAGGCAGGUGGGAGAACUUCUACUCCAAGGUUCAGUUUUAUGGCGUCAUGAAGAAAGUCAUGAAGCCUCCAAGGACAUUAAAUGGAGUUGAACAUGCCAUCGCAGUUUUUACUGCCCUGCCACUGCUCUUCCCAUCUGGCUCUGCAGCACCCAAGAAACUGUCCCAAUCAGUGAGGCUCUUUUCCACGUCCUCACGCCCUCUGAGGAUCCUGAUACCUACAUCCACCGGCGUGUGCUUUCUAGUCCUGUCUUGCUGAUUGGUGAGCAGAACUGCAUUGUGGUUGUAGGUACAACUCCAGUUGUAACUUUUGAGAAAGAUUUGCUCUACGAGGGACCUCUCUACCUCCUGGCCUAUUACUAUGCAUUUCACCUGACAUAUCCCAAGUGCAU